AAUAGUGCAAAACCUUGCUGCGCCUGAAGGGCGUGGCUUGCGUAGCAGCCCCGCCCCGAGCCUUGCGCAGCCUGCAGCUUGUCUGAAGAAGCGCGGCUGGUCUAAUCCCCGAAGGGGUGGGGAGAGUCCGAUUUACAUAAGGGGCGCGGUUUGCAUACCAAUGAGCAGGCUGGGUCUGCGCGGCGCUGCUGUGCCUCCCUCUGUCUCCAGGGAUUAGCGCUGUUUACGUAACGAGGAUUACGGUGGAGCCUGGCGGCUCGCGAGCGGCCAUGGGGCUGGGGGUCCAGGGCUGCUAGAAGGGUGAUGGGGGCCGCAGAGAGCAGCUGCGAGCCGGCGGAAGGGCUGCGCCAAGACUCCGCCGCUGCGCCGGGACCGCUCAAGGGCCGAGGCAACAACGUCUUGCCAGAUGCUUCCUGGGCCCGCAGCUGGAAGGCCCUACUGUCCAAUGUCGGGGGGGCUCUUCUGGGCCUGGAACGAGUCUUGGUGGCCAGGAGCCCCCUGAAGCAAGAGCCGGGGGCUGUGGCGGAGAAACUCCCGCAGCUGAUGGAGUCGGAAGUGGCGGAGUGGACCCCGUCCCAGUGCUUCUCUCUCUUCUUGCCGGAGUUCCCUCUGCGGCCUCCUGUGGGACCAAGCCAGCUCAAGAUUCUGGGCUUGGUCGCCAAGGGGUCCUUUGGAACAGUGCUGAAAGUUCUGGACUGCGGGCAGGAGAAGGUCUUUGCCGUCAAGGUGCUGCCAAAAAUGGAGGUGCUUCGCCGGGACAGCCUGAAGCAGUGUAAGGAGGAGGUCAGCAUCCAGAAGCAGGUCCGCCACCCGUUUGUCCACUGCUUAGGGGACAGCUGGCAGGGGCAGCGCCAUCUCUUCAUUAUGUGUACGUACUGUAGUACGGGAGACCUCUACCGCCUCUGGAAGUCCGUAGGCCACUUUGCGGAAGCUGUCAUCCGCCUCUUUGCCACGGAGCUGGUCCUGGUGCUGGGAUACCUCCACAACGUGGGCAUCGUCCACCGCGAUGUCAAGAUGGAAAAUAUACUCCUGGAUGAACGAGGGCACUUGAAGCUGACCGACUUUGGCCUUGCACGCCACCUGCCUUGGGGCAAGAGAGCUUACACCAUCUGCGGGACCCUGCAAUACAUGGCCCCGGAAGUGCUGAGUGGUGGUCCCUAUGCCCACUCCGCUGAUUGGUGGUCCAUGGGUGUGCUGCUCUUCGCAUUGGCCAAUGGAAAGUUUCCGGUGGCCCCCGAGAAAGACCACAUGGCCAUGCUUGAGAGUGUGAAGCGCUGUACCUUCUGCAUCCCGUCCACCCUCAGUCUGGGCCUACGCCUUCUGCUCAGCGAGCUCCUGUGCCAGGACCCUCAGCGCCGCCUGCGUUACCUCCACCACUUCCGGGGCCACCUCUUCUUCCGCGGAAUGACCUUUGACGCAGAAAUGCUGCAGAAGCAGCCGGUGGAUUUUGUGCUGGGUUGGCGGCGGGUCAAGGAGACCACCCCGGACUCGGCGGCCUUUUCAGAUUUUGACUGUGACCUCGGGGUCCCCAUGAGCCAGCCCUGGCCUGGCUAAGGCUGUGGUCGCUGUUGGAGGUGAAGAUGAGCGGGAGCCUCGAGACCAGCGCUGAGUUCUCAGGAAAAACAACUCUUCUGUGCAGCUGUUCCUCGGCCAAGGAGCCACGAGCAUCUCAGGGACGCUCCCUCCACCAGCAGGGCUGCUGAAUCAGGGUCCCCUUACCAGCCUGUUGCCGCCGCCGCCUUGUCUCCCAAGGUCUCCAGAUGUGCAAGCUCAGUACAGAGGGUUCCUGUGGGUCAGAGGCACACAAUUUAUUCUUCUUUUUUAAAAAAUGUGGGUAUACCAUUAACAAAACAAAAAGCUUAACGUGGUUUACAUAGGAUGAGGGAUGGUUCCCGUUGCCCUAAAACAGAGUUGUACAACUUCAGCCCUCCUGCCUCAUUGGGCUCCAGCUGCUGUCAUCCUCAGCCACUGUGGCCAGUCUCCAGGCAUGAUGGGAGCUGUAGUCCAACAAUAGUUGGAGGGCUGCAGGUGUGCAGCCCGGUCAUAAAAGGAAAUGCAAGGGAGGCAACAACCCAUGGAAGGGCUGAAUAGGGACAGUCCCUCUCCCCCUUGGUAAAUAUAGGAGAGCUGCCAUUUUGAAAAGGUGCCCAUUCUUGGGCUAGCUGGCAGGGGUAGCUUAAGAGCCCGACAUCUGUUAUUUAUACCACCCUCCUGUUCAGUCGAGAAAGUUCCCAGAGUGUCUUCCGUAGCAGUGGCAAAGAGAAGAGGGUUCUCUGCCCCAAGGAGGCUCUCAGUCUAAAAUGAAACAAGGGAGACGCCAGCAGCAGCCAUUGGGAGGAACGCUGCACUAGGAUUGAAUAAGGACAGUUGCUCUAAACGUGAGAGCUAAACGUGAGAGCUGCCAUUUUGAAAAGGUGCCCGUCCUUGGCCCAGUCAGUAGAAUAUGAGGGAGCUGCCAUUUUGAAAAGGUGCCCAUUAAGGUGCCCCUUAACGAGGCCAACUUUUGCCUGAGGGGGCCGCACAUCUAUUAUUUAUGGAGCACCUGGCCGCCCUGUUUCUCAACCAGAGAGGCUCCCACAGCUGUUCCCAUAGCAACAGCCAGGAGAAGAUGGCUCCCUGCCUCAAAGAGCCUACAAAAGAGACACCAGGGAGACCUCAGCAACCAGCCACUGGAGGGAUGCUGCGCUGGGGCCUGGAAAGGGGCAGUUCUCCUCCCCCUGCUAAAUAUCAGAGAGUCACCCCUGUCAAAGAGGCCUCUUUGCCCAGUUAGUAGUGGGGAUCCCACAACUGUGUGCCACCAAAGGGCCUGGAGAUGGUUUUCUGGACAGUUCCUCUUCCCCUGCAAAAAAGAGAACCCUCACUUGGAGAUGUGCCCAGUUAGCAGGGGCAGCUUCUAUAUAAUAUUGCUAUAGGGCCUGCAUGGGUCCCCUAGGAGUGUGCAGGCUGUGGGGUUUGACAGAACUCCUCACUGGCCAGAAGGGAAAAGCGGCCAGUCUAUUUUGCCACCGUCCCCGUUCUGCCCAGUGAGGGGGAACCCGGAGAGCGCUCAGGAAUGGACAAGCGUAUCCAGUUUGCACCCUUCCGUCUAAUUGUGCACCCUUCUCUAUGCAAGAUGCGGAGACCUGUGUGUCUCUGGCUAUGGACUUCCUUGCACUCUCAGGCCGUGCCAACCCCCUCUCCCUCCUCUCCUCCCCGCUGCCCACUCUUUCCCCAGUCUAUACCUCUCUCUUGUGCUUUACGUGCAUAAGCAAUAAAUCGCUUUUAUUGGUCAUGGC